AUGGGUUCAUGUCUCUCCUUGUCCUCAGGCCCCUCUCCAAAAAAUACAGCCUUCACAUCCACAGCCUUUGGGCGCUCAUCAUACGUACAAAUUGAAAAACAAGACGAGGUCAAGAGAUCGUUACUAGUAAAUGAAGAAGACUAUUAUUCGGAUGAAGAAGAUGUGGGUUUUAUGGAUGUUCCGCCUAGGAAAUAUAGGUUAAAUAGGGGAAGAUUGCAGAUGCAAGAAUAUGAGAAUAUGGAGAGUAAUGACCCAUCACAGGAUGAUUUUCUUCUGAACAAAACACUUCCUCCUUCUCCGGAAGAAGGGGACGAGCCCCCGUUCGAAGGUAUGAUCAAAGUGUGGAGUUCGGAGGAAGAGGGAAGAUGGAUGUGGCCAAGGGGAAUGGGGAUCCCGGUGGUGGUUAGUGAGGAUUAUAGAAAGUGGAGAGAACAGAGAGAUGAGAGGGUUGGGGGGUUGAGAUCUUAA